AUGAUUCAUGAUGGCGACAGCUUGAGACAGAGACCCGAUACCUACAAAGCCAACGUCUCUAAAGUCGAAGCUACUAAGCACACUGUGACAGCCUCAUCUGCCGAGCAAGUCCAUCGGUCUGCGGAGUCUGGCAAGUUGAAGGAUGCUGGCUUAAUUGCUGCCGCAGCGCAUGCUGCGGUGCCCAACUGGGCCAACAUGCUCCUGAUGGUCUCGCUCAUCUUUGGUGGUUGUUGUGCAAAUGUGUUCACACUCGAGGCCAUUAUCAAAGAACAGUCUACCGCAGGCCCCCUGAUCACUUUCGCACAAUUCGUUCUAUGUGCCAUCUUCACCCUUCCCCAUUUCCUUUCCUUCUCUGCGGGGCCCCGAAACCUGUUCCUCAGCCCCCGAGCGAUCCCACUCCGAUCAUGGCUGAUUUAUACUGCAUUUUUUGUCUCGGUGAAUAUGUUGAACAAUUGGGCUUUCGCAUACAAAAUCUCCGUGCCUCUUCAUAUCAUCAUCCGGUCCGGGGGUCCUGUCGCUUCCAUGAUUGUGGGAUACAUAUUCAAUGGUAGAAGGUAUUCUUCGGGCCAGAUCCUCGCAGUGGUCAUGCUGACAGCAGGAGUGGUGGCCGCUGCCCUGGCUGAUGCACAGGCCAAAGGUCAGAACUUGGAGAUGACACCCGAGUUGGACGCGGCUGUCAUGACCACCACGAUUGGUUUCACCAUUCUGGCAUUAGCCAUGGUUCUGUCGGCCUUCCAGGGGAUCUAUGCCGACCGACUGUAUGCAACCUAUGGUCGUGAUCACUGGAAGGAGGCCUUGUUCUACUCCCAUACCCUUUCUCUGCCUUUGUUUAUAACCAGCACCUCGCAAUUGUCAUCACAGUGGCAAGUGGUGGCGUCCUCGCCCUCGUUCCUAUCGAAGAUCUCUGAUGGGUCAGCCCCAGCUCUUUCUGAUCUUUCUAGCAACACGACACCAUCAGUACUGUCGACGGUCAUCCUGCAUUAUGCAUCGAUCCAAUCGCUGCUAGAUCAGCUUCCGGUUCAAGUGGCUUAUCUGAUGAUGAAUGCAUUGACCCAGUACUUGUGCAUCCGAGGCGUACACCUGCUGUCGGCCAAAUCCUCCUCGUUAACAGUUACCGUGGUGCUCAACAUCCGCAAGCUCGUAUCACUCUUACUGUCGAUCUAUCUAUUUGGAAACCACUUAGGAUCUGGGGUUUUGAUCGGCGCUAUCUUAGUUUUCUUGGGGGGAGGAUUAUAUGGAUUUGAAGGAGCACGGCUGCGGAAGGUGGCCACCAAAAAGGUCCAGUGA